CUCAGGGGGCGGGGCCACGCGGGGCGGGCUCCGGAUGCCGGCUGCGCGAGCGCCUUGCUGUCGCCGAGGUGAGAGAAGCGGACGCGAUGGCCGGCUCCGCGUGGAUCUCCAAGGUCUCUCGGCUGCUGGGGGCAGUCCACAACUCAAAACAGGUGACCAGAGGUUUUGCUGAUGGUGUUCAGACAAUAACUUUAAUUCCAGGAGAUGGAAUUGGCCCAGAAAUCUCAGCUUCAGUUGUGAAGAUUUUUGAUGCUGCCAAAGUACCUAUCCAGUGGGAGGAGCGGAAUGUCACUGCCAUUCAAGGACCAGGAGGAAAGUGGAUGAUCCCGCCAGAAGCCAAAGAGUCCAUGGAUAAGAACAAGAUGGGCUUGAAAGGACCUUUAAAGACCCCAAUAGCAGCUGGUCACCCAUCUAUGAAUUUAUUACUGCGUAAAACCUUUGACCUUUAUGCCAAUGUCCGACCAUGUGUCUCAAUCGAAGGUUACAAAACCCCUUACACAGAUGUAAAUAUUGUCACCAUUCGAGAGAACACGGAAGGAGAAUACAGUGGGAUUGAGCACGUGAUUGUUGAGGGGGUCGUGCAGAGCAUUAAGCUCAUCACUGAGGAGGCGAGCAAGCGCAUUGCGGAGUUUGCCUUUGAGUACGCCAGGAACAACCGCCGCAGCAACGUCACCGCGGUGCACAAAGCCAAUAUCAUGCGAAUGUCAGAUGGUCUUUUUCUGCAAAAAUGCAGGGAAGUUGCAGAAAACUGCAAAGAUAUUAAAUUUAAUGAGAUGUACCUUGAUACAGUAUGUUUGAAUAUGGUACAGGAUCCAUCCCAAUUUGAUGUUCUUGUUAUGCCGAAUUUGUAUGGAGACAUCCUUAGUGACCUGUGUGCGGGAUUGAUUGGAGGUCUUGGUGUGACCCCAAGCGGCAACAUUGGGGCCAACGGGGUUGCCAUCUUCGAGUCGGUUCAUGGGACGGCCCCAGACAUCGCCGGCAAGGACAUGGCAAACCCCACAGCCCUUCUGCUCAGCGCUGUCAUGAUGCUGCGCCACAUGAAGCUUUUUGACCAUGCUGCAAAAAUUGAGGCUGCAUGCUUUGCCACAAUCAAGGAUGGAAAGAGCUUAACAAAAGAUUUGGGAGGCAAUGCAAAAUGCUCAGAAUUCACAGAAGAAAUCUGUCGCCGAGUAAAAGAUUUAGAUUAAAGCUUGUGCUGAUGGUAGUUGCUGCAGUCACUCCUGAUGGCUCUUUAGACCAUCCCCAUAACGUCUGCAUCUGGCUCGCUUGUUUCUUGACAGUACGUUUUUAGAUCUGCCUUUUCUUAACAAAAUCCAUGCAGGUCAUGUCCCUAGGCCUGCUCUCAAAGGACUUUUUCCAAGUGCUUGUUUUAUUUAUUAAAUGUCUAUUUGGUAAACAUUUUUUUUGUAAACUGUAAGAGGACUGUAUCAUUUGCUGUCGUUAACCAUUUUACACUUCAGUUAAAGUAGUUUUUCCUCAGCUGUAAAUAUGAUACAGAAUUAAUAAGAAAAAACAUCUAACUUUUUAAACACAUUCCCUGUUUUCUUUGGUUUAUGAAAAAUAUGGGAAUAAAACAGAAUAUUGACAUAAUAGCACAAAAUGACAUUCUUAUAAAAUCAAAUGGGCACAAGAAAAAUUUCCUGGAAAAGUUCACAUCAAAAAUAGCAGAAAUUAUGUAUUUCUUAGUGAUAUGGAAAAUAAAGACAUAUCCGUCCUUUCCAUGAAGUAUUAUGAAUAAAAACUUCAGAUCCAAGAAAUAUGUAAUGAGCAAUGUAAUUUUUGUUAAUAAGAUAUAGGUGAUAUAUUGGGUAUGAAG